AUGAUGAUGAUGAUGAUGAUGAUGAUGAUGAUGAUGAUGAUGAUGAUGAUGAUGAUGAUGAUGAUGAUGAUGAUGAUGAUGAUGAUGAUGAUGAUGAUGAUGAUGAUGAUGAUGAUGAUGAUGAUGAUGAUGAUGAUGAUGAUGAUGAUGAUGAUGAUGAUGAUGAUGAUGAUGAUGAUGAUGAUGAUGAUGAUGAUGAUGAUGAUGAUGAUGAUGAUGAUGAUGAUGAUGAUGAUGAUGAUGAUGAUGAUGAUGAUGAUGAUGAUGAUGAUGAUGAUGAUGAUGAUGAUGAUGAUGAUGAUGAUGAUGAUGAUGAUGAUGAUGAUGAUGAUGAUGAUGAUGAUGAUGAUGAUGAUGAUGAUGAUGAUGAUGAUGAUGAUGAUGAUGAUGAUGAUGAUGAUGAUGAUGAUGAUGAUGAUGAUGAUGAUGAUGAUGAUGAUGAUGAUGAUGAUGAUGAUGAUGAUGAUGAUGAUGAUGAUGAUGAUGAUGAUGAUGAUGAUGAUGAUGAUGAUGAUGAUGAUGAUGAUGAUGAUGAUGAUGAUGAUGAUGAUGAUGAUGAUGAUGAUGAUGAUGAUGAUGAUGAUGAUGAUGAUGAUGAUGAUGAUGAUGAUGAUGAUGAUGAUGAUGAUGAUGAUGAUGAUGAUGAUGAUGAUGAUGAUGAUGAUGAUGAUGAUGAUGAUGAUGAUGAUGAUGAUGAUGAUGAUGAUGAUGAUGAUGAUGAUGAUGAUGAUGAUGAUGAUGAUGAUGAUGAUGAUGAUGAUGAUGAUGAUGAUGAUGAUGAUGAUGAUGAUGAUGAUGAUGAUGAUGAUGAUGAUGAUGAUGAUGAUGAUGAUGAUGAUGAUGAUGAUGAUGAUGAUGAUGAUGAUGAUGAUGAUGAUGAUGAUGAUGAUGAUGAUGAUGAUGAUGAUGAUGAUGAUGAUGAUGAUGAUGAUGAUGAUGAUGAUGAUGAUGAUGAUGAUGAUGAUGAUGAUGAUGAUGAUGAUGAUGAUGAUGAUGAUGAUGAUGAUGAUGAUGAUGAUGAUGAUGAUGAUGAUGAUGAUGAUGAUGAUGAUGAUGAUGAUGAUGAUGAUGAUGAUGAUGAUGAUGAUGAUGAUGAUGAUGAUGAUGAUGAUGAUGAUGAUGAUGAUGAUGAUGAUGAUGAUGAUGAUGAUGAUGAUGAUGAUGAUGAUGAUGAUGAUGAUGAUGAUGAUGAUGAUGAUGAUGAUGAUGAUGAUGAUGAUGAUGAUGAUGAUGAUGAUGAUGAUGAUGAUGAUGAUGAUGAUGAUGAUGAUGAUGAUGAUGAUGAUGAUGAUGAUGAUGAUGAUGAUGAUGAUGAUGAUGAUGAUGAUGAUGAUGAUGAUGAUGAUGAUGAUGAUGAUGAUGAUGAUGAUGAUGAUGAUGAUGAUGAUGAUGAUGAUGAUGAUGAUGAUGAUGAUGAUGAUGAUGAUGAUGAUGAUGAUGAUGAUGAUGAUGAUGAUGAUGAUGAUGAUGAUGAUGAUGAUGAUGAUGAUGAUGAUGAUGAUGAUGAUGAUGAUGAUGAUGAUGAUGAUGAUGAUGAUGAUGAUGAUGAUGAUGAUGAUGAUGAUGAUGAUGAUGAUGAUGAUGAUGAUGAUGAUGAUGAUGAUGAUGAUGAUGAUGAUGAUGAUGAUGAUGAUGAUGAUGAUGAUGAUGAUGAUGAUGAUGAUGAUGAUGAUGAUGAUGAUGAUGAUGAUGAUGAUGAUGAUGAUGAUGAUGAUGAUGAUGAUGAUGAUGAUGAUGAUGAUGAUGAUGAUGAUGAUGAUGAUGAUGAUGAUGAUGAUGAUGCAUUUACGUAUGUUCAUUUCAUAUUACCUCUUCUAUAUUCUCUUGUUAGUCGUAUUACUUGUUAUUCAUUCUAUAAUCUUUGUUAUUUUAUUCACUAAUAUUUAUUUGCUUAAUGCUGAAAUGAAUUAA